AACAACUCAUUUUAACAAGCAGUAGACUUACAUUCACUGAUUAUCUUUGUAGCACAUUCAUCAAACAGGUUUGUUCUUGAUUACACUAGGAGAAAUUAACAAAAAAGGAGGCCGAAUUGAUGCGAACAUGCAAAGUGCUUUUACCAAAAAAUCAUUUACGAACUAACGAACAUUUCAUAAAGCCAGAUAUAAUGUUGUCUAAGCUUUGCCAUAACCCUUCUUCAUAUACAGUAUGCCCUAGAUUGAUACUAAUCAUAUAUUUAGGUGAUCAUUUAUUAAUGAUUUACACAAAUAUAUGGCUGUGAAUGAAAGAAACCGAUACAUCUAGAUGCCUUAUGGGAAUCCAUUCUAAUCAGAAGACCAUUAAGAAGAAAACUAAACAAUUUGAAACUAGAUUACAGUAAUGAAGCUUUAUACGCUAUCACAUUAAUUAAGUUCACAGUUGUGAUACAGAUACUCCUACCAACUACUCAAUAAAUGGGGGAAAAUAGUACAAACACAUCACAGUGCAAAAUGGUUGUGACAUUACAUUGUUCAGAAGUACAAGCACAUGAAUAAGAUCUGAUUUUAAAACCUUCUAUACCAUCUGUUCAGCUAAUAAUAAAACAAUCUCUGCAUAUUCUGGAAUUUUAGCAUACAUAUCUAUCUAUUUAAAUGGUGCUGGCUUCAGAUGCUUAUGGAAACUCUCAGAAAAACUUUCGGAGUGCAAGAGAAGCGUCCUCUAAUAAAUUUCAGGUACAGAGUGGCAAGAACAUGGUUAAAACAAACAAAAGCGCGCGUCCUAACAUGAAACACCACAAAGAAGCUGGCCUAGAAAGCACUUCUCUAGAUAUUGUUCCUUUUGGAAGGGCCACGCGGUCGGGGAAUACCAUCGACAUCUCAACGGCACUCGCCCUUGCACUUACUAAGGGCAGGGAGUUUCAAAGAAUAGAAAACCUCGGCGACUACAAAUUCGGGAGCGAACUUAUUAUGCACCGUGGUGCUAUACAUUUCAGAGAAACAAACAACCAAUAUAUGUCUGAUAGAGCGAGGUACCCUAUGAAUCAGUAUCACUUUUCACCCCAUAUGCAGGUCGAUGAAAUUUAUAAAGGGGUUCAGAAGUUGAAUGAAAUCAUUAAAGCCUUUUCUGGAGUGAAUUUUAGCAGAAGCACUAUUGAGAUCGGGAGGGAACUAUUGAGAGGGGCGAUUGACCUGGAGGAGUCACUAAGAAUGCUCGCAAUGCUCCAAGAAAAUUCGGAUAACAUCAAAGGGUCUAGAGGCGGUCGGGUUAUGUUAUUGAAGGACAAAGAAGAAGAUGAAUCCUCAUCUAAUAGAGUAAAACAGAAGAAGUUGAUUCAGAGGACUGGGUUUUCAAUUGAUGAAAUUAAAGAAGAAAAUCUAUCCGGCUCAUAUACUAGAAGGACGAAGGUUACACUGACAAAUUCUACUAAGAGUUCAUCAAGUCUUCCCAAUCAGUUUACUUCACAUAGGGGGUCAUUAAGUUGUGGCCAAGAUGCUAAGUUGGAUUCCCAAGUUUCAGUUGUUGCAAGAAAAACUAACAGGAGUGGAGAAAUUGGACAAAUCCCCAAGAGUAAUAGUGAUUCCAGUGCUUCAGGAAAUGUCAAGAAGUUGGAUCCUAAAGGAGGUAAUGUAAAUGGAAAGGUGAGGAUACCAAAUGUGGUAGCAAAACUGAUGGGGUUAGAAGAAUUUCCCACACCUAAGGCGGAGGUGGAGAUCAAGAAAGAAGCUAAGUUUAUGAAAGAAACAGAGGUGAGCAGGACACUAAGAAGAGACACAACAGUUAAUGAAAUGGGAGAUAAAUAUGCAACCUUACGACCAAAUUUAGCAAAAAUCAGAGAAAAUGAGAAUCCACAGGCAAAAGAGGUUAGAGAGUCUAAACCUGGACAAAACCUAGAAGCCACAAAAAGUAAGCAAAUGACUAGCUUAGCAAGUUCAGGAUAUGAAAGUAUGAACCAACCACCAAAAUAUUUGCCAAGUUACCAUUUUACAGACAUUAACAGUAUGAAUUACAGUAAUACAACACACACUAAGAAAGAAGCGGCACAGAUGUGGGGGUUCACUGGAAGGGGACAGAUAACCCAAGAAAAAGCCAAACAACCAAUUCAAGAAAAUAAGUUGGCUAGUACUUCUAAAAAAUAUCUCAAGUACCAGGAGAAUGCAGUUAGAAAAAAGGAUUUGGUCCAAGAAGAUCAGACAGCACAAAAUGUAUCGCCUAUCACAUACAGUCACUCAAGGAAUGUAAAACAUAAUACAUUGGAAAGGAAAUCCACAGUGCAUGAAUUGAAGAUUAACCAUGCAGCACAAAAAGGUACAACAGAAAAAGAGCAGAAUGCGAGAAGUAAAUCACAGUUAUCAGAAAACCCCAGUGCUGUGAAGCCAAGGAGCAGAGAGAAGUCUGCGAAUGAAAUAAGCAAACAAAAGAUGUUAUCUUCUGGUAGGAUGAUUGUAGCAAGCGAAAAAAGCACAGGAAAGCAUACUGAUCAGUUGAAAAAGAAGCCAACAUACAGAGAUCCCGAAAAGCAAAUUACAAGGAGUAGAAGUGCUACUUACCAUGAACCAUAUAGCCAAAGAGCAAGUGAGGAGUCCAGAGACAAAAAGAAAUUAAGUGUGGAUCCAAGUAAUGAUGAACAAAAGGCAGUGAUUCCCACUCCGGUGGAACAUAUGAAUAAGCCUGUGGAUAUACCAGCUGAAGAGAAGGUAGAAACUAUAGAAAACAAAGGAAAUUCAACUGAAAACAUGAAAGUAUUAGAGAAUAGUGAACCACCAACAGAAAAUGAUCAGCAAACAAUGCUGCAAAUUUCACCUCUAAAUGAAAUAGAGUCUAGAUGGAAGGAAGGAACCAGCACAGAAGGAGAAUCUAACCUUAGAGUAAUGGCUUUGGAGCAAACUAUGCCAACAGUAAAUGAAAUUGCCUCUGUUUCCAGUGCUAUGUUCACAGAUGAUAUUGAAGAUACAGAGGUAGUGGACCGGGAAUUCAUUGCUGAAAUGAAUCAUGACAAUACGGUUGUCAGAACUCCUAAUACUCAACAGACACCACAAGUUUCUGCUGGUAAAGAAGAAGAACAACUACAAUUGCCCAACUUGACAGAUGAAAAGAAAGAAGGGUCAAGUGACAGCAGACAAUUCAGCAACUUCAACUCAUUGAAGUCACCAAGUCAGGUUAAAGAUGAAGUAAGCGGAGAACUUUCACUUACAGAUGAGCAACGUCUCCUCAAAGAAUCACUGAUUAGGGAUCAACAUUUCCUUAAUACAGCUCAGGCACUUUUCAAGCUCAAUAUUCCUGUAAGCGUUCUCCAAGCUAGCGCAAAGGCAAGCCAAGACAAGGACAGUAAGCUUCUUUUAGACUGUGCAUAUGAAUUACUAAGAAGAAAAGGUAAGAGAGAAGAGGCCAUAUUUAUCACAAAAAUAUUUGAAAAGCCAACUAAAGAGAGAUGCUUGGAUUCUUUGAUCAAAGAACUCGAUGAUGAUCUAGAAAGCCUGAACUUCUCCAUGAAAAGGCCAGAAAUUAAUUGCGACACAGCCGCAUGCCUACAAAAAUUGCUCGAGAAAGAUAUCCAAUGCAGAAAUCCAGAUAUCAACUGUAUGUGGGAUAUUGGCUGGAACAGCAUUACACUUGCAUCAGUUGAAAAGGACGAAGUCAUCAGGGAUUUGGAGAAGCAUAUACUAAAUGGACUCGUUUCUGAAUUAGCAAGAGACUUGAUAGAGGUAUAGCCACACACUGUUGGAGCUGCUAGGGCCAUACUGUACUCAGGCCCCAUUUCGUAGUUUUGUAUAACCCUAAUCCCAAUAAUGAAAUAAGUCAAAUUGUAAGCUAGCAUGUAUGGCCAACUUUAUAAAGCACUCCAAAAGCAAGUCAAGGUCCAAAACACAAGAAAUUAGAAGAAAGGGCUCCGUCACAUUAGCAACCAUAUUCUGGAAACAGAACUUGUACCAGCAUUUCUUGAAGACGAAAAACAACAUUAUGCACAAAAA